AUGGGUAGUGUUGCCGAAGAGGAUGAGUUGGUAGAAGAUCGAUUUGACGACCAGAGUUUUGAAGAUGCACCACUUUCCGAUGUCGAAUCGAACUUCGAUGAAGAGGAUCUGAGAAGCGUCGAUGACAACCAAGCGCAAGUUCUAUAUGCGCCACAGCCGUACUGUCCAAACAGCAAUUGGAACCGACCUGCUCUAUCUACGAUUCCUGAGGAAUCGAGAAGUGACGAUGUAGCCACUAGUGAAAAAGCUUCCGAUAUUCUGCAAAGAGAAGAGGAAUCUUUUAUGCGUGGUCAUGGACGAUUUAUUCCUGAUGAUCCGAGGUUCAACCAAAGUCAUUUUAUAAAAGAGAACAGCUGGGAACCGAGCAUCAUAGAGGAGUCCUCUUCCGAAAAAGCCGAAUUCACCUGCUCUGAGCUUCCUGUUCCGCCGGGUGUUGAAAACGAACCGCCAGAAUUCGCUGAAGGGUGUGCAAGUGGUGAUGACAACGCGGCAGCGGAUGGCGGUGAUCUUGACAGGCAUGUUCAGUUUCGUGCUGCCACUCCCACUGAAGGCGAUAUUCCAAGAGAAACUGUUCUUACUAAUCUUACUAACAAACCCAAUAAUGAAGUUGCGCCUCAGUCUCUCAACACCAUUCGAACAACUCCGCAGCGACUCCCAGCAAAGCAACUUGUCCAGCUAUCAACCAAUGAAUCGCCAAAUCCUGGUAGUGACUCCACAGUUGGUGUGGUACAGACAAGCACGCCAGUCUCAAUGGUGGCAAAGCUGGCUGCUCGUGCAAGACGACUUGAACUAGCUGAAAAUUUUCAUGGGGUGUCGAUGAUUCUACCGGAAGGAGAUUCGCCUAGAGAAGGGCAUCGUGCACUGGAUGAUCCCUCCGUCGGUGAGCUUACGAACACAACUGUAAUAAGUGUUGGAAAAAUUCAAAGCAUUCUAAGGAGCCAACCUGCUUCAUCAUCCCCACGAACGUUGAUGAAGGUUCUGGAAGAAUACAAAAGAGAUCGUGUUAAAGCGCGAAGAGUUUGUGACAACACCCUUCCUCCUCCACCACAGCGAAAUCCCAAUCCGCAGCCGUCGUUUCACUCUCGCGAAGUUGUCCGUGCAAAACCUGUCAACAAUAAUGCGACCAUGGUAAUUCAUGGUAACUCUACCACAGUCGGCGAACUAACUACGAGUCGAGCACCGGAAAUUGCCGAGCCAACAGCUUCGGUUAAACCAAUAACUUCACAAGCCUCCACAGCACAAGCGAACAAUCGGUCUAGCGGAUCGGCUCAGCCCAACAAUGUCAGUCAACGACCCACGAGUGUUCAAGAAAGGGGAUCGCGAGAAGAACAGGUAAAUCCGUGCUUAUAUAUUCCUCAACUUGAAGUCGCUUUUGGUUUUGUGGCAAUAGGAGAUGCUGCUAUAUCGACUGUUGAUGUAACAAAUCGCACGGAUCACUCAUUACGGCUACGGGCAAAACUCAGCCAUACGGGACCGCCAUUUGCGUUGCUGGACAGCCAAAUUCUGGUAUUGGAUGCGCGGCGAUCAACGACACUUCGUAUCGAAUUCUCUCCAACUCAAAAUGCACGAUUUUCCACGAGUCUCUUAAUUUCUGUUGAAGGAGGAGGUGGAUCCCAAGUCAAAUACAGGAUGCCAGUUCGUGGACUUGGAGGAGCAGCUGUUGUAACCGUGAAAGCUAGAGACGAUUUACGCAUAUCACGGAAUGGUGCUUAUAUACUGCAGUCCUCGUACGAAUCUACGUUCUCUUUUGCACUGACGAAUUCAGGGAAUCGUCGAGCCUUCUCUCGUAUAAUUGUUCUGUAUACUGGAGAAAACAACGUUCCUGAACAUGUUCCUGUUGACAUACGUCCAGCACCUGGAUUGGUUAUCGAUCGUGGCGAAUCUAAGCAAGUUUCUGUGCGUCUCCGUUCUCCACUCCCUUCACUGGAAUGGCGUUCAUCACAAAAUUCUCUUGUAUCUACAGCUUCGAGCACGCAGCCGAGAGCAGCAAGCCAGUUGCAAGUGAUUGUGUAUUGGGGAGAAGAACGAACACGCCAGCGUCUGAGAUGCUAUGAGAAGAUGACAGGUGCAACACAUACAUGUGAAGGCAUACACUUCACUGACACGUUCGCUGGUGAAGAUCCAGAUUUUCAUCCACCAGAUGAUCAUCCGAUAUCAAAGGAAGACCUGCGGUUGUUCGAUCAAACACUGAGAAUGUGUACUAUUUAUGUAUGCUCUCCAAGAAUACGGCCGAGACCAUCUUUGCUCUCGAACUCGUCGUCGCUUGAAAGAAGCCUGCAGCCUGAUGAUACGUUCCGCGAGAAGUCUACCUAUAGAGUUGUGAUUCCUGAUCAGACACUGCGUUGA